UCAUUUUAUUACUGCUGAAGUCUUGAUGAAAGCGAACGUGUUAUAGGUGCGCGAAACGGUUAACCAGACACAGCUUUUGAUGAUAUAUAGUAGAUUUUAUACCGUUGUGUUUAUUGUUUUAAUACACUGAGUGCAAAAUAAAAAAAAAGUUUCCUUUUGAUAAUAUAUAGUGCAAUAUCAAGGAGUGCAUUGUCCUGUUCAACGUUUCCACUUUUUCUUUAUUGGAUUGUGUAUGAACUGUUUAAAUUUUGUUCAACUCUAAGAUGCAUUUUAGUGAUCUGUGAUAAAUAUUAGCAAAUUAUAGCAAAAUUCAAAACACGUAUUUGAUCAUACCAUCGUAACCGGCUGUAAAGGAAUAACAUAGCAAAAAUGAAUAUAACAUGUUGCUUAAUACUAGUAUUACUUCCGUUGACGGUCAUGUCAUUACCAACCGAUAUAGAAUUAUCAAUAAGUCCAGUUGAUUCAUAUUACGAUACAAAUAGCAAUAAUCUUGAAGAUGUGAAACGAACCAAACGAGCGGGAAGCUUUAAUUUCAUUGGGGCCAUAUCAAAUAGUAUUACGUCAUCAAUUGGUAAAGCAUCUGCUUCCAUAGCUGGAGGUAGUAGUAGUAAAUCAUCAGGGGGAUCGUCAGGAUCAACACAUGCUGAACCUCAUCACAAUGUUGAUGUAUCUCACUUCGACGGUUGGAAACUGAAGAAAUCCAUUUUAAAUACACUUUUCGAAGCUGUGAAAGCUAUAACUGGAGGUAUAACGGCAAUCAAUGGCCAACUUAUUAAAGGUAGCGGAUAUGUGAUAAGCGCAGGAGGAAAGGUAGUCUCAGCGUCUGGAGAUGCUGUAACGAAUGUCGGAAAGAAAAUAGCGCUGUCCGCGAAAUUGAUUGAACCACACAACACGAAACCGAAUUUCUUAAAGUAUGCUAGCAGUGCUUCAGCAGCAUCAUCAGGUUCACACUCAUCGGGUUCGUCUUCUGGUCAUGAUUCAACGGGCCAUGGUGAAAGCUACGCUAAUUAUGAAAUACCAACCGGUCAUGUAAGUUAUGGUCCACCAGAACAUUCAGCCGGUGAACCAUUGUCACAACCGUCAGCUCCAUCUGCCCCGGCUCAACACGUUGACUUGGCUGCAACAUAUUUGCCAGUUGCAUACGAUCAAGGUUAUCACGCUCCAACAUCUGGUCAUGGUGAUACCAAUUAUCAUACACCAGUUUCGUCAUAUGGUCACGGCACAGAUGGUAAAGUCGAACAAAACAAAUACACAAACGGACCAUCACACACGAAAUCACAAUCACUUAGUCAUGCAGCUGAUGCCCUUAGAGAUAUAUUAAAUAAACUUCCAAUACAUCACACGACCUCUUCAGACGACCAUCUUCAAAAUGAUGUUACUGCUGUUGAACAUAAACCAGAGACUCACGACAAUAACGUACCAUUUGAACCGUACGAAAUCCCCCCAGAUCCUAUUCCACAGUUCAAGCCCAUCAAGCAAUUAGUCACUUCGUACGGCGUUCCCAUCCAAUCCCCUCCAAUUGUAACGACUCAUACCCAGACCAUUACAACGGCAUUCGGAGCUCCACUUUCUGACUAUCAAAAACCAAUAUCGUUGGUCGAUAGCAGCUGGAAAAAUACUCCCAUUGGUCCCGGGUUUGAGCCGGGACUCGAUAUUUACCAUUCGAUGACAUUGAAAUUGGGCAACGAUCACAAACAUAAACAGCAAUACUUACCUCCUCCCCAUCCACCACAGCACACAUCCUCCCAAUAUCCAAAUGCACAUUAUUAUGAGAUGUACGGAAACGAAUUAGUGAAGCGACAGACUAAUGUACAGCAUUUAAAUAACGUACAGAAAAUGAAUGUACAACGAACUAAUAUACAGAAAAUACGCAAACGUGAGCCGGACUUCGAAAUACAAAAGUCGGUGGCAUACGAAUUGAAACAACCGGCGCCACAAAAACUGUUUAAAGUGAGACGACAUAUCGGAUGAAUGAAAAGGACUCAACAUUUUGUGUACCUAAAACAAUACAGGAGACUGAUGGACAAACUAAAUAAUAUUUUGUAAAUAUUUGUAUUUUUUGCGUGCGUGUGACAAGAUACUCAACAAUAUGUUAAAAAAUGGUGAUAACCUGUAACGGGACACAUAAACGAGGAUUAUAUUUAUAAUUUGAACUUAAGUCUUAUUUUCUUCUUUGUCAAUACUAAUAUUUUGAAUGA